AUGAAGGGAGAGGGAGGAGGUGGCAAGACAAAACCCAAUUUUCCCCCCUUCCUUUUUAAUUCUUUCUUCUGGUGUGUCUGCUCCACCGCCCGGCUAAUCCCCCAAAUCCGGUCUCCUAAGCUGCAGCUGCUUCCCUGCCGCAGUGAUGAAUGGCUCAGGGAGGGAAGGUGAAUUCAUAUUUUAAUUACCGAGAUCUCCUCCAGUGAAUGGCCCUCAGCCAGGAGUAGGGAAUGCCCCAGUUCACCUUUGCCUGCUUCUGUGGACUCCAUGGCUUCUGCAAAAUGAAGAAGAAGAAAGAGGAUACCCACAGACAGCGAGAGACAGCAGUGUGAGCGGAAACAGGGACUGUACCAUUUGCCUGGUCAGGUUACUCCCUCAUUCCUUCCUGAGGAAUUUGUUUCAUUUGGCACCUUUUCAGAUUCCUGAUGUUAGGCUCCCACCUGGGGGUUGGGACUUUGAAGUAGAAGAUAUAAUUUGUGGCCUCCCCUAUGCUUCACAUCCCCGUGCCUCAUCUCAUUUAGCCCUUGAAUGGAUGUUGGGACUUUUCUGGAGGCAGAAUGGAGAUGUUUGGGAUGAUCCCAGGUGAUUUGAGAAGAAGUAGAUGCUUAGCUCAGAGACAAAGCUAGGGGGUCCUUUCCUAUUCAAGCUGAUUCAAAACAUAAAUCCAGUUGGGGUUUUUUCACCCCAACUGGCUCCUCUCCCCUUGCUUUUCCUCUGUACCCUCCAAUCCUCCAGCCCAUACCCAGAAACCUCCCUGCUUUGGGGAGGUAGGACAAAGAUAGGAUGAAGCCAACUGAAGCAUGGAAACUUCUGUCAGACCAUCAAGAGACAGACAAGACUUUACAACAAAUGGAAUACUUAUUCUACCCUGAGAAUGAGAGCUCAUUGGCGUCAACCCAUUUAAGACUGAGAGAAGAACAUAUUGUCAUGGGCUGGGACAAUUAUUGCAAAAUCAAGAAGGUGGGGAGAUGGGCAACCAACUUCUUUUGAUUAGAAACAUGAAACUGACUCUUAUCUAGACUGGGGAGAUUGGAGAAAGAGGGAAUAUGUUGUUUGAUGGGCUCUGGUGGGACCAGGGUGGAAAACAUUUUUCCCAAAGACUUGGAUGGAAAUUGGGGCUUAGAAUUUUAGGGAGGAGUUUCUAAGGGCAGAUAGGAAGGUAGUAGAAAGGGAUUGGCCCUGUGUCUGUAUUCCCAUUCUUCUUUUGGAACUAUUUGUCCCAGAUCCUCCUGUUUUAGGCUCCACUGGAAGUAGAGUAGUCAAAGGUGGGAUGAAAGAAUUAAGGAGCUUCAGUUGGAGAACUUCUGGCAGAGAAAGGGCUCUGUCCUUUCUCUCAAGAUGGACUCUACUCCUUUAGGGUUCUUUUUCUCUCCUCAUCUUUUGUUGAGAAUUUGGCUUUUCUCUGGAAGGCAGGAGUUUUUUUUUUCCAGCUAAGCCAAUCAAUGUCAUCAUCCACUUCUACAAUUUCUGUGCUUCCAGGGCAGGGAUAGCAGGAUAAGCAAUCCUGCCUUCCCACUGAGCCCUUCUCCCCUCAGGUGGCUAUCUAUCAGGGGUUGGCUGGGGACCCCUCUUGCUUCCUAACCUCAUUUGUUUACCUUUUUCAUUUUUCUUAAAGCCAUAGGAAAAUGCCUAAAUGCUGUGCCUUUGGGAGAUCUGGGGAGUGAGGAGGGACUCAAGAUACCUUGCCGUUCUUGAUUUCCUUCCCUUACCUGGGGCUUAGUAUCAUUCCUCCUUUCCCAGAAUGAAGGAGGCAAAGAAGGAGAUAAUUCCUUCUUUAUAUUGUUUUGUAUGCAAAUAGACUUCAGUCACUGUGCCUGAGACACCUUUCUAGAUGCUUAGAGGGAAUGAAAGAAAAAAAAGGAAGGGAGGAGAAAAGGAAGGAAGAAGGGAGAGAAAGAAAGAGGAAAGGAAUGAAAGGAGGGAGGGAGGGAAAGAAGGAAGGAAAGGAAGGAAGGAAUGAGAAAAAAGAUGUUAUAGAUAGAAAGAUCUUGUUUUUGAAAGAAUGCUCUUUCUCACUAUAGGAAGUAGAUCAGUACCUCCAAAAAAAAAUUCAGAUCUUUGGUAUCCAAUGGGGGAAAAAAUCCUCCACUUACCAAGAUAAAGGGUAAUUCAGUCAAAGAAAGCAUUGCUGUGAUUUCCCAUCCCUUGAUAGUAGGCCAAUCUCUCGGAGUUCUUGAACAACAGGGAGUGGAGAGGGAUCAUGUGCUAGACCCUUGAAAGAUAAGAGAAGUAAGUAGGGGCAAAUCCUACAUAAUUUUCUUUUAUCAGGUCUCAGCAUUCCCCCUUCAGGAACAUUUGGAAGCAAUACUUGGAUUGCCUUCAUGGACCUUAGGCUGCUUUUGUGAGGGGCAACUCCUAAAACCUCUUCUAUCUCCAAACCCAUGCUCUCAUCCUGCAAUACACUCGUUCCUUUAGAUCCAGAUAGUUUAAACUGAGGCUGCUGCCCCCCAAAAAGAGCAAGAAGCAACAUUUAAAGGAUACCCAAAAGAGAAACUUAAAAGUUCCUUCUUGCUUUUAGAUGGUAAAUAAGCUCUGAAUAUGGGAACAUUCAACAAGUAGGAAAAUGAAACUUUCCGUAGGUCAACACACAGUGAAAAUAGGUCUCGUAUGUGCAGUAACUUUAAAUGUUCUCAUGAAUAGAUUGUCCAACCUCCCCCCUUCUACCUCUAAAACACAAUUCACAUCUUGGUGGUUACUUGGGCUUCAGGAGAAUACCAGUAGAAGAGUUAAAAGGCACUUAUUUUAUCCACAAGGCAGAUUUGAGAUACAUACACUGAUUGUCUCUUGAAUCCCAAAGCCGGGAUAGAGGGAACAGAGGUUCCCUAAGGUCAGUCGUAUUUCUGAGACCAGAGCUAGCUGGCAGUUAUAGAAAGCAGUAUAGUACUUUAGCUGCCAAGCCUGAAGAGAAGCAUCUACCAGCUCUGUUCCUUUUUCAGAGCUGGGAUGAGAGUAAUAAGAAGGAAGAUUAAAAGGCCAGUGUGGACUUGCUCUUGCUGUUGCUGCUGAAGUUGAAAUGAGAAUGAGUCACACAUAGCCUAUUAGGUUAUUCUGCCCACCUAAGAUAACAAUUUUUAGUGGCUUUUCUGGACUUUGGUUUCCCUCCAGUGAAAAUAGGGGGACCAUUCUCCUUCUUUUACUUGAAAAAUGGUGGAGAUGAAUGUACAGCUCUUGAUCCCUUGGGAGACUGAAGGAGAGAAGAUUAGAAGAGUAAGGCAUAAGUGGUCCAUGAAGAUGAUGGGAAUUUUAUUCUGUUAUCACUCUCGGAGAUUUCACUUCCACCUUUCAGGAGAUAGUGUCUCUGGCCAACUUGCCACCUGCUUCCCUGCUCUGUCUAUCUUUUAUUCCCAGAAAGUGAGCUGAAACUGUUUGAUUGAUUCCCUUUCCUGAUUGAAUCACUACCCUAAGUCAAGGUCAUCUUCCAAUUAUGGUCUCCAUAUUAAUGUUUGUACUUUGUUCCACAUUUAUCCCAUGACUAAAGCCAGGGUCAAAGGGGUUAUGUGGUAAGAGUCUUGGGAACCUGAGGGAAAUCAAACCUUUCAGUUCCAUUUAUCUGAUUCAUUGUGGGAGCUGAGGGGAUUCUCUUAGUCUCCCUGUGCCUUGGUUUCCCUAUAUGAAAGAAAGGGAUAAAAUUGACCCUGCACACUUUUCCUCUUCCCUGUAUGAUAUGUAUGAUUAGGUUAAGUAUUUGGAAUUCUUAGAAUCUGAUUGCUGUCCAGGGUCCUGGCUCAGGGAACAGAGGGGCAAAGGGACCUUUGGAGAUCCCUAGCUUCUAUCUCAGGUUGAAUUUCCUAGUAUUUACAAAGUAUUUUCCUUUCCAGUUUUCCAGGGAAGGAAUUCUGAAUGUAAAGGACAUGGGGAGAGAAUAUGUAUAUAUUAUAUAUGUAUAUAUGCACACAUAUAUAAACUCAUAAUGCAAUAAUUUAGUCAGCUGCAAUAUGAAGAUAAAGAUUUAGCUAUACUUAGUUCCACACAUCCCCUGUACUGUAACCAGAAUGAGUGCCGUUCUGUGCUACUUUGGCAUGGUGGAUUUGUGGGAAGAAAUUUAUAUUAGCAUCUGUAAAAACAUGGUAGGGGGUGAGGACACAGAGAACUGGUGCUCCUGUCCCUAGAAUGCCUCCAAAAGAUCCAUGCUCUAUACUGUCCUAUCAUUCCUUUCUUGCUUUAGAAGAGUCCCUAAAAAGCUCUUAUGGCCAGUUUAGAUUGCCUUCUCUAUCUUUCUCUCUAUCUCUGUGUCUCUCACUCUGUCUCUGUCUGUCUGUCUGUCUGUCUCUCUCUCUCUCUCACACACACACACAUUCACAUGCUUAGAUACUUUACUCUCUCUAGCCUACCACCUUUCCCACCACCCCAGAAACAAUCUUUGACAUAUUUUAGGGUCUUUACUGAAAAUGCUUAAAAGAAUAAAGAAUUAUUCAAUCCUUUCCCUCUGCCCCAUCUGAGUAAACUACUAGUGAACUACAUAAUUGCUAAUGAGUUCCUACCCAAAGUGAUUGCACAAAUUUAUGGUAAUAUGAAGUCUGAGAAUCUGCCCCCUCUACUGACUAAACAUGCAUUUUGCACAUGUAACCCACUGAUGGGGUUACAAUGUGGCAGGGUUGUGAGAAUAGAAGUAGGAGAGACUAGAAUGACAUAAAAUGAACUUGUUAUCAAAAUACCGCAGUUUCCAAGGCGAUACUAUUCGUGACUCUCCUGUGGAGUCUGGGAAAGUCAUUUCUCUGCCUCAGUUUUCCCCAUCUAUAGAAUGGGGGGAAUGAUUCUCAUUCCCUCCUUUACCAGGCAAGGGUGGUGAGACUGAAUUUGAACAGAUUAUUUAAAAUAGUAUGAAUUAAGAGUCUAAAAGUAAGAGUAUGAAAUAAUCCAUAGCCUAUCAUUGGAUUUAGUACAAGAUGGGACGUUGGAAACCAUCUAGUCUAAAUUCCUCAUUUUACAUGUAGAGAGUAUAACCAAAAUGACCCAGAUAAUUUUGUGGGAAGUUUACAGGAACCCAGUUCAUAGAAAUUUAGAUUUGGGGGAUUUGAACCAUAUACCUUAUAUAUAGGUAAGGACAAUGAGUAACUUGCCACAUAGAGGAUAAAUUGGACCUUUGAAGUCCUCUAAUUUUACAGAUAAAGAAACUGAAAUCCAAGUUAAGUAGCAGACCAAGGACUUGCAGCAAGUGUUUCAAAUCUAAAUCCAGUCUUUCCCCCCAUAACAAUGGAAUACACCCCAAUUUAUAAUCUUGCAAAUGGCUACUAAGACCUUCUCUUCGAGUGGGUUAAGUGCAUUCUUUGAGCUAUUUUACUAGUUCAUGAAGUCUUAAUAUUCAUAGGAGAAGUAACUUUUUAUAGCAAAAUAUAUAUCAAUUACAUGUAAGAUAAUUAACUUGAUGUGACUGAUUCAAGAAAUGCUCAGUUUCUUGAGCCAUGGAGCAAGGGUUAGUCACAUCUCCUUGCCUACUGAAAUCCUCUGAUUCCCCAUUCUACACCCCCAUCCUUGCCAACUUUGGGAAAAGAAAGAGGGUUAAAAAAGGAAAAGAAAAUGUAAUAACCCACUGCUUGUUAAAGAUUCAGGACUAGAGCUUUGAUCUUUUGAAGAAAAUUCUAUCUUGGACUUCUUAUGUGCUACCUAUACCUGAGUCCUCUUCUCUAAAUUGCUUUUUCAUGCUCUUAAUUUUAGGAGCUAUAGGUCUGAAACAUGAGGAAUAGAGACAGAUUAUUCUGUGAAGUACAGAGUUGCAGCCCUGACUGAUGGUAUCAGCAAGGCACUGGGUGGCAAAUGGUGGAGGCAUGAGUUCAGAGUCUUUAUCCUGACUAGGGUCUGUGAAGCCUAUUUAGACCUAAUGGUCUCUUUCUGAGUAAGGAUAAUCUUACUGUUCCUAUAUACUAUUUCCUCAGGAAGCUUUUGUAUUUUGCAAAAAUCCUGUGAAUUUUCCCCAGUCUUCCUAGUGGGGCACCUGGCCACUCCCUGCCCCCUUUUGAGGCAGUCCCCUCUAUGGCAACCACUUUUUAUAUUCCAUCUAAGAUUCAAAGUGCAGGGGGGAGGAAGAGGCAGAAGAAAACAGUUGUCAGAGAGAGAUGGCUGGACUCAGGCGAGAUCCUCAGGACUCUCCCAGCCUCCGUCACCAUGGCAACGUAGUUAUUUUUAGCCAGUUACUCAUGAUGCUAGGAGCACUGACUCUCUCUGCUCCAGAGAGGCCAGACUGGCCUCUGCCCUCAUCCUUCUGUGUUGUCCCUCCUUUCAGAGACCUGAAGUGGAGGAGACAAAUGGAGGGACAGGAGGCCUGCUAGGUGACCUCUCAGCUGGGCAUCCUACUCCAGAGGGACACAGUUCUGAGGACUGUCAGCCCCCACACCUUUGGUUUUGUGUCUGUCUUAGAAAUCUAGUUCCUAAGUGAUCAAACGUUUUCUCCUCUCUCUAGGCAGUUACCCCAGAGAAAAACAGCUGUCACUCUAGGAGAGUUAUCAUUUGGGGUAGUGAAUCUGAGGAAUCUUUUCCCUGAUGCUUAAACAAGCAAAUUCUGAGGGAGUUUGUUGCCAUCCCUAGGGAAUACAUUGUCCAUGUCCUGAAAGGACAUAGAGAAAUUAAUUUGGAUUAGUAGUCAAGUAGGUUGUUACUGGGAACAUAUAUUUGUUAGUCCUCCAGAAUUAAAAACAGGUAACAAAGAAGACGUUGGAUUCUAAAACCCAAGAUGAAGCUUGAAGUCACCCUUCGGGCUAGGAAAUGGAAUCAUGGGUUCCUCUCCUUCACAAGAAUAACCAUGCUUCCAUUUCCCUUUCCUCCUCAGUACUAAAGGUAUUCUUCGUCUUCCCAUUCACCCUCUCACUCUCUUCAUCUCUUCCUAGACCCCAUCUUUCUCUACUUUCCCUUACUCUUUCUUCCAAGAUGGCAGGGAAACCUUAGGGAGACAAUGGUGCUACUAUUUCCCCUCAUUAUUUAUUCCAAUAUUAGUCAGUAGCCCUUGAACCCAGCACAUGGAGCUGGGGUGAGGAUGCUCUUAUGCAAACCCUCUCAAAUCCGGCAUUUCUGUGAAGCCACAACCUCAGAGACAGUUCCUGAGCCAGUAAAGUAAUAAACUGGAUCUGUCUCUUGCACUGAAAUCUUCCUCUAUCAAACUGUCUCUGAUUAUUCAUUUUCCUGAGGUAGCAGGGACCCAUUUACUUGGCAAAUAAUUGGUUUCCUUCUGGCUCAAGUUGUCCCUUUCCUGAACCUAUGCACCUGGAGUAAGCACUUUUCUCAUUCAUGCUGAAAAACAUGCCUGUAAAUGCUGCUCUGUUAAUUGCUGUAAUAAAUGGACUUUAUUAUA